GAGGCACGCGGGGGGAUUGCUCCUGUGUGGUCCUGCACCGUGCAUGAGCCUGGGCGCACGUAGGGUGGGUGCAUCCCUGGCGCUGCAGGGAUGGGUGUGCGUGGCAGGGGCGUGCAGGGCACCGAGGGCCGAGCAGCACCUGUGCGGCGGGGCGAGGGGAUUUGUGACUUCCCCAGCUCAGGGUGGGAGUUUGCUGGCAGGAUGCCUUGCCCCGCUCAGAGUGGAGGUUGCAGGAUCACUCUCUGUACGUGCGGGUCUAUUGCAGAGGGGGAAGUUGAGACACGGAACUUCCCCUGGCAUGGUGGGCAAAGCUGGGUUCCCCUUUCCCUUUUGGGAACCUGUACUCCCGAUGUGAGCACUGAACUGGGCAGCCUCACCUGGGAUUUGGGGGUGCAGGAGGCAGUGCACUCGGUGCCAGUCCCGGUGGGUGCCAUUUCUGCGUGAUGAGGGGGAUGCUCUGUCAAGGCAGGACACCCCCCACCCCCGGUGUGCCCCGAGCUGGGACGGGGGAAGCUGGCGCGUGGCAGAGGUUGGUGCCGAGGGCACUGUGCCCAGUUGUCCCCAGUCAAUGGGCUUGUUGUGCCCGGUGCUUCUGCUGCUGGGUGCCAGCUGGGAUCCCAGCAGCAGUGGAAGCCCCAGUGGAGACUCCUCCUGGGGAUGCACUUAAUUCCCUCUCAGCUGCCCCCGUGGAACAGCAAUGGCCGCGGUUUGGGGGGCCAGGCAGGCGGGGGCUGUGGCAAGAGGUUGCUGUGGGUCCUUCCUCUCUCACGCUGCGGCUGCCGGCGUGGCCAGCUGUUCUCCCUCGGGAGCCCGGGGCGGACAGCGCUGCUGGGGUUGGAUGCCAGCCCCACCAGGGAUGGGGAGCGAGCCCCGCGGUGCUGGUGGCGCCCCACGGCAGAGCCCCGUGGGGGCUGGCAGCUGGGCAGCGGAUAUGUUUGCCGAGCCAGAAACUCCCCCCGCAGUGCCCAUCGCCCUGGCAUCAUGCCUGUGGCCUCGGUUGGGGAGCAGAGAGCCGGAUGUCUCUUCUGUUUCCCUCCCUCCCUGCUUCCUAGGGGGGAAACUGAGGCCUGGGAGCGUUUCCCAAGGCCGGGGCGAGUUUCCAUGGCAAUGGGAGCGGGGGUCCGGGCUCCCAGCUGCCGGCAACCGCCGAACAAGGGAGAAAGCGGGACAUUGAUGGGAGCCCGGCCCCUUGGGCGCGCGUCCCAGCCCGGCUGAAAAUAACCCUCCUGGGCAGCGCUGCGGGCAGGCGGCCGGGACCGAACCCCGCUGCCAGCGAGGGGUCCCCAGGAAGCGGCUCCAGCCAGGGGAGUGACCCCCAGCCCUGCCGCCGCCACCCCCCGCCCCGGCCCCGUUGCGUUGGGGAAGGGGAGGGCCGGCCGGCCAGAGGAUCGGGAGCCGGAUGGAAGGAGGGGCAGAGCCACAGCCCGCGUCCGGCCGACGGACAGCCCGAACCCCCUGCCCGCUCCUGGGGGGGUCUGUGGGCGGUCGAGCCCAGGGGACAUCUCUGUAGCGCACAUGAAGGGGCCGCGGGUGCCCCGGCUGCAGUGAGCGGGCUCCGCCGUGGGACGCCGGCUCCGGGAAGGGACAUCAGCGGUGCCAGGGGCUGGAGCCAGGCAGGAUGCGACGCUUCCAGGCUUUGCACCGAUCCUUCCCCUUCCUCAGCCGCUUCCGCCUUUACCGAAGGCUGAGCUGUAGCAUGCAGGCGGAGGAGGGCACGGACUGGCUGCUGGAGCUGCUCACCGAGCUGCAGCUGCAGCAGUACUUCCUGUGCAUCCGGGACGAGCUCAACGUCACACGCCUCUCCCACUUUGAGUACGUCAAAAAUGAGGAUCUGGAGAAGAUUGGCAUGGGACGCCCCGGCCAGCGGCGGCUGUGGGAGGCAGUGAAGCGGAGGAAAGCCAUGUGCAAGCGGAAAUCCUGGAUGAGCAAGGUGUUCAGUGGGAAGCGCCCAGAGUCGGAGCUGCCGCCCCAGCCCCAGAGCACCUUCCGCAAGCCUCCCACACCACCACCCCCCGAAGCUGGGGGCCAGCACUCCCUCACCUGCCUCGUGCGGGAGCGGGACCUCUCAAUCUUUGAGAAGCUGGGUGAUGGCUCCUUUGGGGUCGUACGUCGUGGCGAGUGGUGCACACCCGCUGGCAAGACGCUGAAUGUGGCAGUGAAGUGCCUCAAGACAGAUGUGCUGAGCCAGCCGGAGGCACUGGACGACUUCAUCCGGGAGGUGAAUGCCAUGCACUCCCUGGACCACAGGAACCUCAUCCGCCUCUAUGGCGUGGUGCUCUCCCACCCCAUGAAGAUGGUGACAGAGCUGGCCCCUCUGGGCUCCCUGCUGGACCGCCUGCGGAAGAACCAGGGCCAUUUCCUCAUCUCCACCCUGUGCCAGUAUGCCAUCCAGGUGGCCAAGGGCAUGGCCUACCUGGAGUCCAAGCGCUUCAUCCACCGCGACCUCGCUGCCCGCAAUAUCCUGCUGGCCUCCAAUGAGCUCGUCAAGAUCGGGGACUUCGGUCUGAUGCGGGCACUGCCCAAAAAUGACGAUCACUAUGUGAUGCAGGAGCACCGCAAGGUUCCCUUUGCCUGGUGUGCUCCUGAGAGCCUGAAGACACGCACCUUCUCCCACGCCAGUGACACCUGGAUGUUCGGAGUGACCCUCUGGGAAAUGUUCACCUAUGGCCAGGAGCCUUGGAUUGGCCUCAAUGGCAGCCAGAUCCUGCACAAGAUAGACAAGGAGGGUGAGCGGCUGCCACGGCCUGAGGACUGUCCCCAGGACAUCUACAACGUCAUGUUGCAGUGCUGGGCACACAAACCCGAGGACCGACCCACCUUCGUGGCCUUGCGAGACUUCUUGGUGGAGGCUCAGCCCACCGACAUGAGAGCGCUGCAGGACUUUGAGGAGCCGGACAAGCUGCACAUUCAGAUGAACGACAUCAUCACGGUCAUUGAGGGCAGGGCCGAGAAUUACUGGUGGCGGGGUCAGAAUAAACGGACCCUAAAAGUGGGCCAAUUUCCCCGAAACACGGUGACCUCGGUGGCAGGGCUGUCAGCCCACGACAUCAGCCAGCCACUUAAAAACAGCUUCAUCCACACAGGCCAUGGAGACACCAACCCGCAGCACUGCUGGGGGUUUCCUGAUAAAAUUGAUGAGCUGUACCUGGGAAAUCCCUUGGACCCUCCUGAUAUUUUAGGUGUGGACCAAACUGCUGCCAGGCCUACACAGCUUCCAGGGAGGGCUAAAAGGCAACCUCCUCCGCGCCCACCUCAGCCUACCGUCCUGCUCACCAAGCCUUGCUACGACCCAGUUAGUGAGGAGGAGGAGGGUCUGCCAGGGGGUCUCCGGAAGCUCUGCCUGAAGAAGCCAGGCACAGGGAAGGGUCUGCGACCAGUCAAGCCAUCAGCACGAGUCCCGGGCACCAAGGUGGGCGAGCGGCAACCCAGACGGCUGGCAAGCGAGGGGACAGCAAGCAGCGAGGUGACUCUCAUUGACUUUGGGGAGGAAGUUCCCCAGGGUAGCCCCUCUCCAGUGGGAGAGCUGACAGCCCUAUCAUUAGCCGAGCUGGCCAUGGAGGCCUUCUCUUUGCUGGACAAGACCCCACCACAGAGCCCCACGCGGGCUCUGCCUCGGCCUCUGCACCCCACGCCGGUGGUGGACUGGGAUGCCCGGCCCUUGCCCCCACCGCCUGCCUAUGAUGAUGUGGCACAGGAUGAGGACGAUAUUGAGGUCUGCUCCAUCACCAGCCCCCCGAGCCGGCGGGGAAAGACCAACUAUGGCUUUGUGGAUGAGGGUGAGCGGGGACCGGCACUGGAGGACAACCUCUUCCUGCCCCCCAAGGAGACCAAGCAGCCCAGCAUGACACAGACCACCGAGCUCUUCGAGGAGCUGCAGCAGGAGUGCAUGAAGAGGCUCAACGUCCCUCUGGGACCGGCUGCACCAGCUGACGACAAGCCCCAGAUCCCUCCCCGCGUCCCAAUCCCGCCCCGGCCCCUUCGCCGCAAUGAGCCUGGGCGCUGGUCAGGGGACCUCUCCCCAGCUUCGGGGGGCGAGGAGGACCGGCCGCCCCAGAUCCCCCCGCGGGACCCGCUGUCCCGGCCCACCUCCCGGACACCCAGCCCCAUGGCUCUGCAGGUGGGCUCCCCCCAGCAGCGUGCUGCCCUCUGCUCCUGCCUCUCCACCUCACCAGGGAAGCCCAUGCCCACCACACAGAGCUUCGCCCUCGACCCUAAGUACGCCACCCCCAAGGUCAUCCAGGCGCAGGGCAAGGACUGCUCCAAGGGGCCCUGCAUCCUGCCCAUUGUGAAGGAUGGGCAGAAGGUCAGCAGCACCCACUACUACCUGCUACCCGAGCGCCCAGCCUACCUGGACAAGUAUGAGAAGUUUUUCAAGGAGGCUAAAAGCCCUGAGGAGGUGGCAGCGUCCCGCCAGGUCACCACAGCCACCGUCCGUCCCAUGGUGCAGCAGCCACUGUCAGACUGCAAGGGCAACUUUUCCUCCAACAACAGCAACCCUGGGCCCAAGUGCCUGGUGAAAGCCUCCUGCAGCCUCCAGAAGAUCGUGUACGACGGGCCGGAUGUUUGCCGUCCUGCUGACAAGAUCCGGCUGGUGCAGGACAUGGUGCAUGGUGUGACCACCGAGGAAUGCCAGGCAGCCCUUCAGAGCCAUGGCUGGAACGUCCAACGGGCUAUCCAGUACCUGAAGGUGGAGCAGCUCUUCUGCCUGGGGCUGAAGUCCCGUGGUGAGUGCCAGCAGGUGCUGGAGAAGUUCAACUGGAACCUGGCACAGGCCAGCUCCCACCUCCUCGGUCCCUACAGCGCCACCCGCCAGAAGUGGUGACAGCGGGGACAGAGCGAGCUGUGUUGGAUCCAGAGCAGGCAUCUCGCCGUGGGGCCAGUCCCACCGCCUCCACCCAUACAACCUGC